GUUUCGAAGCUCCUCGACGAACGAAGAUCGAAAUCGUAUAAUUGUUUCCUCGCAACGUCAAACGGACCAUGCACAUAAAAUCGUAUCGGAUUAUUACUAAUAACAGAGAGUGUGCAAUAAAAUUGUGGUAAUAAACACUAUUAAGCAUAAAGAUCAAUUUUUGAGCAUAUGUCGUACAAAUAUCUGCAUUCCUUUUCCGAUAGUGAUGUUUGAGAAAUAUAAAUAAAUUCCAAUCGAAUACAAAAAAGCAAAAACUCAACCGAAUAAAAUUGACAAUCAAAGAAGAAAUUGUUCCAAAUCCAUCAAGUGCAAUUGAGUGACAAAAAUAAAAUAAAAUAAAUAAAAGUGAAAAUGUGGAGGAUUUGCAUAUUAAUCUAUGGACUUAUACUAUCGACGUUUGGUGAUGCAGAAAUAGGAUCGAAUCCUCCGCCAAUAGGCGCAUUUCGAGUUUUCCCAAAGACAACGUUUCAAUGUGCAGGAAGACCGGCUGGAUAUUAUGCUGACAUUGAGUCCGGUUGUCAGCUGUAUCACAUGUGCGAUGGAUUGGGUAGACAGUUCAGUUACUCGUGUCCGAAUACAACAUUGUUUCAGCAAAGAAUGCUGAUUUGCGAUCACUGGUAUAUGGUGAAUUGUUCGAAGGCAGAGAGCAAUUACGAUGCUAAUUUAUUGAUUGGUCAGCGAGACAAGCCAUUCGUACCUGAAGGCGAAAAUGAUAUCCGAACUCCUAGACCAGAUCUUCUUGAUAGACCCUACGCUCCUGAUUAUGAAGGUGAAUCAUUUCGCAAUCAAUACCAAAAUUCGAUAAAUCAAAUCGAUUACAGUCAAGAGAAUAAAAAUGGUCCGAAACCAACAUACGGCCCAUACAAUAUGCCCGUUCAAUGGAGUACACGUCACCCAAACUUUCCCAUUUCCACCACCCCACCAACCCGGACCACUGAACUAUUCAAGCCAUUGCGAUCGGCCAUUCGUCGUCGGAAUGAUGUUGUGAAUAUUCCGGCGUCGAAUAACGAUCAAUCGAAAAUUCUUCUAGACUUGGGUGUGUCAUCAAGCCAAGACAGUCGGCGCAGUCAACCCGAAUCUAGCUUCGAUAAUUCUGUUAAGAUUGAGCAACCGGAACGACCAUCGCUUCAGUACACGCCACCGUAUGUAAAUCCAAGAUACGAUUUGAAUUACACAGACUCUGACAGUACCACGGAAAGUAGUUACACUUCACCUUCAACUAUAUCCUCUGUUCAGUUCGUCAGCAGCACUAGUGCUGCUGCAACCACUUCGUCCAAAAUAUCUGUAGCAGCAAAGAGUACACAGGGAGUUAUUACACCGAACAGCAAAAAGUCAUCGAAUAAGGACUACGAAUUCUCGAAAUCCAAUAAUCGCGGAGCUACGAAAUUCAACCAAAAUGUUAAAGACCGAACCAAAACUGUGUCAGAACAGAGUCGUAUUUUAACGCGUCCGUCAUCAGCGAACACCGAUGGUAUUCCUGUAGAUUCAACAGCAUUUCCACCAAACGAUAGCGUUCCACCACCAGCAUCAAGUUUUGUACCAAUAGUCGAAUUGUCUCAUGGAAUCCAAAAACCUGCCACUGAUCUUAUACCUCCCUAUGAGUCGUUUCAAUAUUACGAUGAUGCAACGACACAAGGGCCACCAAUCUAUUUUGAAUGGAAAAUACCGGCCAGCGGUUUAGAGCCGCCAAAAUUCGAGAGCCGAUCAAACGAUUAUUCUGACAAUGAAAUUUCCACAACGGAAAGUUCUUCGUCGAUAUCUGUUCCGACCGAAUCACUGCAACUGCCGAUAUUGAGAAAUGUAUCCGUUGUAUUCCGCACGCCACCGAAUCAACUGGAACCGCCAGUAGAGCAGGACGCUUUUACACGUUUCGCUCAUAAUCCGUUCCUAACGUCUGCCUUGGCUUCGCUUUCUUCGACAGAAAAAUUAAAGGGCAAGUCUCCGACACCGCGAUCAAUAUCAGCGUCAGAGGAAAAGUUACAAAAUGCUGUCGUCGACGGAGGAAACGUGUUGAAAGAUCCGAAAGACAAUAAUUACUUGGAUCUGAAGAAAUUGCUUCUAAUACCUGACUACACAUUCCCGUUGGAAGUGGACGGUCGACCCAGCUAUCAGCAAGCAAAUUCAGUGAAUUCGUUUCAAAUUCGAAUUCCCGAUAAAACGGACGAUAAGCCAUGGUAUGGAGAGAAUGCUGAAUGUCCGGAAUGUCAUCCAUCAUUCUUAAAGCCGGGGACAUGCGAACCGUGCAUUAAAAUCCGAAGAUAGAAACAGGAUCACGGGUGGUCCACUAAAUAGGUAAUUUAAGAAAAACUGUCCAGGAUAUUCCAAAUCCCUAAUUAGUUGAAAUUGUUGCUACGAUCUAGUAAUAACAUGUAAAUUCAGCCCACAACUCUCUUUCUGGUCUCAAACACAAAG